AUGUCUCAAACAAGUCCUGUUGGUCGUGCAUUGACUAUCACCGGUGUACUAGCCGCUUUGUCCCUGACCGGCUAUGCUGUCUACUUUGAUUACAAGAGAAGAAGCAACCCACAGUUUAGAAAGCAAUUGAGACACAAAAUCAAGAAGCAAGAAGCUUUGGAGAAGAAGGAGCAAGAAGAGGCUAAACAGGUUAAAUUGCAAAACGUACGUGAAUUUUUGACCCAAGAGUUGGCCACUGAUCCUAUCCCAAGUGAUCCAACUCAAAGAGAAGCUACUUUCACGACCAAUGUUGAAAUCGGUGAACGUUUAUCUAUGACUCCAGGUAAGGAACUAGAAUCUGCCUCCAAAUUUUACAAAGCUCUAAGCGUUUAUCCAAACCCUGCCGAUUUGCUCGGAAUAUAUCAAAGAAGUGUCCCAGAGGCCGUUUACGAAUACAUCGUGAUGAUGAUUGCAAUUCUACCACCAGCAAACAUUUCGACUUUUCUGAGUGGAGCGAAGGACCAAGUUAUGGCUCAACAGGCCGAAACCGCCGCCAUGGCCGAGGCUAACGAGAUAGACGAGUAA